AUGUACUCCAACAGGGCAGCCGCGCUGACCAAACUGUUGGCGUAUCCUGAUGCUCUUCGAGACCUGGAUGAGUGCCUCAAGCUGGACCCGAGCUUCGUGAAAGCGUAUUCCAGGAAAGGAGCAGCGCACUUCUUUAUGAAGGAAUACCACAAGUCUCUGCAGGCUUACGAGCAAGGAUUGAAGCUGGACCCUGAAAACGCGGACCGCCUCUCUGCAAGCGCAUGCUUGGUGGCUGUUGCUCAAGUGCUGGCAGGAGUGCAAGCAGGGCCGAGACCAGGCGAGGAUGGAAUAGCUGUGAAGUGUUGCUGCGUUGCCCAUCGGCUCGAGCUCUUAGAGCUACAGUGCGCUAGCUUCCUAGAGUUAGAGUUGAGACAUCGCGUUUCUCGCUCGGUCAUGCGUCGAAGGCUGCCGGGCAAGCCCAAGCUGCAGAGUGAGAGAGGUGGCACCCGAACUGCUUUAUGUGGGCUUGCAGCCAUUCUGCUUCUGACCGGGCAGUGCUGCAGCUUCUUCCUUCCGUCGCCUGACAACGCGACGGCGCGGCGUGCAGUGGCCACUGAGGCCGUCACUGCCACCAGUGAGGUGGCAGAGUGGCGGAGACCUCCAGGAGCCCCGAAGCCUGAGCAGCGUUGGGGUUUGUGGCCGGCCCUGCCGAUUGCUCCGUACGAGCGCCGGGUAACACUGCGAUAUGAGGUCAUCCCAGGUGAGCUGUGGACCUUCGAGCAAAAGCAGGGCAUCCUGUACAUCCACGUUCCCAUUCGGAUGACAGUAUAUCGCAUGCAGACGCGACCCGGGCUUUUCGUCUACGCCCCUGUGGCCCCCACAGACGAGUGUGUCCGAUUACUCAGGGAGUUGGAGGAGCAGCACGGAGAAGUUGCAUACAUCGUUCUUCCCACUGUGGCGGUCGAGCACAAGUACUUUGUAGGGCCUUUCUCUCAGGCCUUUCCUAAAGCAGAGGUCUGGGUUUGUCCUGGGCAGUUCUCAGUGCCGCUGCAGCUUCCCUUGCCGCUUCUCGGCUUCCCCUGGGAUGCUCGCCUGCGCACACUUCCGAAAGACACCAGCUCGGACCUGCCGGAGGACUGGCAGAAGGAAGGGAUCGACUUCCGCAUCCUCGGACCUGUUGGCAAAGACCUGAACAAUGGUCCUUUUGCUGAAGCGGCUUUCUAUAUCCGCAGGCUUCGGACCAUGCUGGUUACAGACUUGGUGGUCUCCGUGUCUGCGGAGCCUCCCGAGAUAGUUGCCGAGGAGCCGAGAGCCCUGGCCUUCCAUGCGCGCGAUGACGCUACGCAGCCGCUGGAGGGAUCAGAUGAGGCAUUGCUUCGUGGCUGGCGACGAAUGGCUCUGUUUGCACUCUUUUUCCAAUCAUCUGCGAUUGAGCCCGAGCCAGUGUCCAAAGCUUUUGAGGACGCGCUGAACUCCCCUGCCAAGGAUUUGGGCUGGGGAGGCCUACUGCCGUGGAGCUUUCGGGAGGACUGGCAGAAGUCCUUCGAUGCUCUUCGGGGACCCUUCGGGAGCGGUGGUCUGGUGGUGGCACCGAUCCUGUCGGAACUGAUCCUGAAUCGCUACUUGUCCACGGAUGUCUGGCCUUUCGUCGAAGACAUCGUCCGCUCGUGGGAUUUCGAUCGUGUGAUUCCUGCACACUUCGAGGCUCCGGUGCCUGCGUCUCCCCAGGACUUCCGCAACGCCUUCCGCCGAUCUUUCGGCGAGCCGAAGGCUUCGGGGCCUUUUGACUCCGUGGCCAGCUCAAAAUUUGGGCGCCUCCGCAAAAUGCAGGAAUGCCUCUUUAGGAGGACAGGUACAACAGCUCUUUUCGCUGCUCUUCUGGGGCAGAUCGGUGAUGGCCAGCUCAGUGAGGUCUGCGGACCGAGUACCUGUGCUCUUUGCUGCAGUGCGACAAACUACAACUGCAGCUUGCCAGGUCAGGAGUUCCUGACCGCUGGACAGUACACUCACCUCACGGCCAACUACCUCUCCUAUAAUACCGAGAUAUCCUCUCCGAACUUCCUGGUGCGAGCAAAGGAGUUCCAGGAGUGCACCGGUGGCCGCAUCAUCUUCUCAGAGGCAUCGAACAUCUGGGAGGAUCCCAUCCGGGACCUGGGCACCAAGGACAGCGCAGGUCUGGGCAUUUAUCAUGCAUACAUGAUGAGUUAUUCUCACUACCCGGAAGCAAGCUACCUGGGACUGGUGGAGCCGCUUCAUCCACGCCUUGCCCGGUCGAACGAGGCACUGCAAUGGGAGAACGUCUUCCCCAAGGUUCAAGCGAUGGGACGUUACAGGAGAAAUGGCACCGACCAGUUGGACUUCCUGCUGUACGAUGGCGACUUCUUUGUCCCCAUCAUACGAUUGGACCUCUUAGAAAGGGACGAGCUUCCACUCCCGAACACCUGGGAUGAGGCCCUUGCCCUGGCUGAGAGAUACAACGGCACCGACCUCAACGAAGAUGGCGAGCCGGAUUUUGGCCUCUGCCAUUUUCCUCGGGAGGGUUCUGGUCCCUUUGAAUGGUGGUGGGCGGAAAUCGUUUAUGCCAUUUGGGCGACCUUCGCACAGACCAAGGACACUUCUCAAGGCUUCCUUUUCCAUCCGCAGACCAUGGUGCCGAACCUGGACACGCCGGGCUUCCGGGAAGCUGUGCGGAUAAUGAAAGCCAUGUGGCAGGUCGGAGCAGAUGGCUGCAUUAGUGACAACUUUAUCACAGGAAGAUGUGCCAUUGGCUUUGGGCCUCCAGGUUGCUGGAAAGGCAUCUUCCUGAACGGCAUCGCGCGGAAGAACUCAAGCGGCCACAUUCUCUGGCAACCCACCAUGAAGGACGGCAGCUAUGCAGACCCCUAUCGUUUCAAGCCCUUCGGUACCACGAGGGUGGAGAUCGAUGGCUUUCUGCAGGACUGCACCGAGCAAACCUGUCCUCAUGGGGAGCUUAUCCCUGUCCGAGGCCAUCAUGGUCUUAAUGAUCGUGUAAGAAGUCUUCCGGUGUCUCCACUCGCUGGACAGCGAAUUAACAGAGUCCCAUUCUUCUGGAGCGGCGGCUUGGGGCUUCUGAUACGGAAGUCGGCGCCAGAUGCGAUAAAAGACAUGAUGUGGGAUUUCAUGGUCUACACAUACAGCCCCCACACAGCAGAUGCGGAUGUUGCGAUGUAUGCCAGUUGGCUCGACUCCUGGCGGAGCUCGCAGCUUCCCACGGAUGGUGGCUACUUCAUCCAAGCAGGUUGGUCACAGGAAGCAUACGCGGAACACCGUGCAAUGCAGAUUUGGGCGCUAGCGGACACUGCGAACGGUGCUUUCAACAUGCGCCUACCAGGUGCCAAGAUGUACACUUACAUCAUCUUGGCAACGGAGAUGAGAUACUACAUUGCGGACGCGAUUGACCAGGAUGAGGUGAUAAGACGUGUCAAAGCUGGCUGGGACUCCGAAACUCAAGAGCGAGGCAAACUGGAUCAACUCGCGAUCUACAGGGCAACGCUGGGUUUGGAUGAUCUGUCCGACUAUGAUCUUUGCCUCCUGCAUCGCAGUGAGAUGGAUUCUCGAGAUCCAACAAUAUGCCCUCCGUACUUUCCAGAUGACAAUGACUUCUACCUGACCGCGCUCAUUGUCAUCCUGACUUUGCUGGUGGUGUCCGGUAUCCUUUCCGGUGUUGCAUACGUUCACAGUACGGUGCAAGCCAAGAAGAGACUGGUCAAGGAGAAGGACGAGCAGCUUGAGAACACGGUUUUGAAAGGCCUGUCUACUGUGAAAGAGCUCGGCUACCCGAUGUCCGUCAUUCGUGCAAAGGAUUUUGUUGACCUGUCUAGCGACAUGCUGGAGAGCUGUCACGAGGGCUUGCGAGACCUGGGACUGCUGAGAGUGCUGGACAGCACAGAGGAGAUCUCCCACUUUCACAUGAUGGGCAACCACAUCGUCUUCUUCAGCUAUCAUUGGCCAUCUUGGAAUCGCCAAGGCCCAGACAACAUCCAACGAAGGGCCAUGGACCAUGCGCUGAAGCUAUAUGGUGAAAAAGUCGGUGCGACCUUGGAGAACAUGUACGUUUGGUUGGACAUCGUCUCCAUUCCUCAAAAGCAUCGUGGGGUCCAGGUGCUGGCAAUUAAUUCCUUGUAUGUCUACGCAUCCUCUGUCGAUGCGCUCAUAAUCAUCGCACCUCCUACGCUGCAUGAGCAGACGGGUCAACCACUCGGCUUCGACACGUACAAGACACGUGUCUGGACUCGCGUCGAGCAAGUUGCGCACCUGUCGGCGCAUGGCAUUGACAGCUUGUUUUUCUACAAGCCCACUGGCCUGGAGCCAGUCGAUUUGAAAUGGAUGGAGGAUGUGGUGCGUGUCUUCGACGGACACACUACAUGCUGUCACAGAAGGCACGAGAACUUCGCGGCUUGCGAUCGUGAGCAGCUUGUUCUGCCGCUGAUCGGACUCUACUAUCGUGUGGCUGCCGCGGAGAGACGCGGCGUUGACAGCAACGAGGGGACCGGGAUCCUGUACGGCAUGAUGCAGCGAAAAAGGGAAGCUAUUUUCCCUCGAACUUUUACUCACAUCUCCUUGGAGAACGGAGUUGAGGUCAAGAAGAAGAAAGUUCUUUUCGGUGAUUUAUUGGAGCGCGUUGACAUUCAUUUAGCUCACUUGGAUAAUGAAAUGCUGCUUGACUUCGUCCGUCAUCCCACGAGCUCGUCAUCGAUGUCUCCGUCCAUGCGCAGAGGAUAUGUAAGCCCAGGAGGCAAUCCGCAAGGGACCGGAUCGAUGUCGAUCUCCGCCCUUGCCGAGCGCAUUGAGCGGACCAGGGGGCUGAGCGAUAUAUCUGUGGAUGACAACUCCGCCGACUUUCGAGAGUACCAGGCCCAGUCGAAGAGCGAGCUGGUCAUAACGAGAAUGUAA